GUGUAUAUGUGUGAGCUGUGUUUAGACGCUCCUCUAUUUAAGCACACCAUCUUUUCUUCUUUUUACUUUCUUCCUCUCAUCUCAUCUACCUACCUAUGCCUAUUUCCCUCUCUUUCUUCCUCUUUCUCUCAACUUUCUCUCCCUUCAUCUUCCUCUCUUUUUCAUCUAACAUAACAUAUAAGAUACUCACACACACAUAACUCAAUUCAUCAACCACUGUAUACACAGUUCUUGCAGAACAAGUUAGAUACAGUUUCUUGUUUUUGUUGUUGUUGUUAUUGUUGUUGCUGGUUAAGGCUUUUGAUUUGAUGAUGGAAGAAGCUGUUGUGGUUAACAAAGGAGAUGAAGCUUUGGAUUUGCCCCCAGGUUUCAGAUUCCACCCCACAGAUGAAGAGAUCAUCACUUGUUACCUCACAGAGAAAGUGUUGAAUAGAGGCUUCAGUGCAACUGCCAUUGGAGAAGCUGAUUUGAACAAGUGUGAGCCUUGGGACUUGCCCAAGAAAGCGAAAAUGGGGGAGAAAGAUUGGUACUUCUUCUGCCAAAGGGAUAGGAAGUAUCCAACAGGGUUGAGAACAAAUAGAGCAACACAAUCUGGGUAUUGGAAAGCCACUGGGAAAGACAAAGAGAUUUUCAAAGGGAAGAACAAUCUUGUGGGGAUGAAGAAGACCCUUGUGUUCUAUAGAGGAAGAGCUCCAAAGGGAGAGAAAACAAAUUGGGUUAUGCACGAAUUCAGAUUGGAAGGAAAAUUCGCAUGUUACAACGUUCCCAAGGCUGCCAAGGAUGAAUGGGUUGUGUGCAAGGUUUUCCAUAAGAGCAACAGUGAUGUUAACAAAAGGGUACUCCCAAAUAACCCUGGCAUUGGUCUUCUCAGAAUGAACUCAAUAGGAGAAGAUCUAUUUGAUUUCUCUUCACUUCCACCUCUUGUGGAUCCUCUCUUUGAUCAAACCUCACACAACAAACACAUUCACAAUGAUGAUUUCAAGGGUACUACUAAUAGUACUAACACUCACAACACACCUUCAUCAGUUUCAUCACCUAAACCACCCUAUUACCUUCCCAAUUUCAUCGACAACAAUCACCACACGAUGAAGCCCGAAGAAUACAGAAUCUAUCAGAAUUUCAACAACGCUUCCACCAGCCAAGGGAAUUUCAACUCUAGUAACAACCCAAUGGGAAUUGGCGCAAGCAAUAAUCAUAACCCCCUUCAAAACUCAACCUUCCACAUGUUCCAAGAUUACUAUAUGCACCAAGGCAAAAACAGUUUCCAACAGUGCAAGAUGGAGCAAUUCUCCAACACCGUGGUCAGUGCCUCUCAAGACACGUGCCUCAGCAACGACAGAAACACUGACACUUCCUCGGUGGUGUCAAAGCAAGACAACAACAACAUGGGAAGGAACAAGGCAUUGUACGAGGAUCUUGAUCAAGCUCCUUCAUCAGUUGCUACCCUCUCAGAUUUGGAUUGCCUCUGGGAUGAUUACUGAACAAGAUCAACCAAGAAACUAAUCAAACCAAGUUUGCUCAUUUAUGGUAUAUAUAUAGAUAUACCAUAGUUAUUUAUUUUUCUGAUUAUCUAUAUAUAUAUAUACAGAGAUAUAUGUUAUAUGUUAGACAAGGAAAAAGUUCUGGGAUACUUAUACUGUAUAGAUUUAUAUAUGAUUGAUUAAAUAGAUAAUCCAGGUCUUGUUAUAGUUAGGUUUUUAUUUGGUAGAUCAAUUAAGGAGAAGGAUUUGAUGAUGCUCAUGUACAUUUUUUUUUUCUUUUGUUAUAAAUUAGUGGGUUUGUUGUACUAAUUAA